AUGGGUUUGGAUUCACUAUAUAUAGUGAAUGCUGCUUCCGGAGAAGAAGUGCAUGUUCAGCAACCUUUCGGAGUUGGAUUUCAUGGGUGGUUUCAUAUUGUGGGAGUGUCAAACGGGAACAUAUGUUUCAAGUUCUCCCGUGGACAAGACGACACAAGUCUUUUGGUAUGGAAUCCAACAACACAAUGCUCUAGAGAAAUUUCUGACCCCUACAGGGAGCACGGUAGAUCAUAUUUCCCAGUAUAUGGUUUCAGUCAUGUCCCAAACACAGAUGCAUACACCAUCAUACAUAUGUGCAAAAGGGACAUAGCUGAUUCCUACGUUUUUUUCUCUAGAUAUUGUUCAAGGCGUUCUACAUGGUUUUACUGUGUUGAUUGUCUCCCUGGUGUUGAAAAAAUUGACCCUAAUUCUAUUUUUCUUAAUGGUCAUGCAUAUUGGAUUACUGGUACAGGAGAUAGUUAUGCUACACCCAAGUCUGUUUUAUGUUACAGUGUUGAAGAUAAAUCUUUUAGCGAGGUGUCUAUUCCAGUAGGUGCAAUAUAUACCGUUCACAAUUGA